AUGGACGAAUCCAGAAAACUCAAACCCACAGCGGAAAAAACCGAGCCCUACCAUCGGGAGAUGCAAGUUGUCUUUCAAGAACUUAUGGAGCGCGAUACAAAUUCUAAAGGCAGUAGCUAUGACUUAGCAGAUCAAGCAAGCCUACAAGAAUAUAAUGUCGCCGUCGCAAAAUUGGAAGAUCGAAAACGUCGUGCUAAGGCCACUCUUCAUAAAGAUGUGCUUUUGGAAAUCGAUAACGCCUACAAGAAAAAUUUGCAAAAGUUGCAAGCACUGGAGGCAGAUUGUACCAAGGAGCGAGAAGAUUUGGAGAAAGAAUUGUUCAAGAAAAGUGGUAGAUCUUUCAAGAAACUUCAAGAAUUGCAUACUAAGAAACUUUGCAAAGUCAAGAGUUCAGCGAAAGAGCCAAGGAAAUCUUUGCAGAGAAUGUCGAAGAGCUUGUUACAAGAAAACAGUAUUUCCACAUUGGGUUCUGGUCUUGCGAUCUCUGUCACAGCCACUGGCGCCGCCAUCGAUAUCCCAUCUACUAGUUCCGCUAGUGAAUUGACGAUGCCCUCUCAUGCGCUGAACUCUUUGGUCAAUACCCCCACAUUGGACGUUCCCAGCUGCCCUCCUGCCUUUGAACAUAUCGCACGUCAAGGUUACUCGUCGUCACAAAUCAGUAGACCUCUCAUGAGCGCUCCCAAAAAGACAUUGUCGAACACUGGACUUCCCGAUGAUGUCCCGAGCAUGAGAAAGAAACAACGCACGUAUCACCGCAAGGACCAACUGACCGCUCCCUUAAAGCGAAAGGCUUCUGACGCCAAUUUGAGCUAUCCUUACGAUAAUACAGAGAUCUCGAAGACUGGAGCCCCGACUCAAAUUCAGGAAAAUCAUGAUGAAGCAUAUAGAGUCCGAGAAGUACGCCCAAGUGCAACCAGUCCUUCAAGUGCCAGCGGUGCGAGUAGGAACUGGACUGGCCAAGCCCCUCAAUUUGGUCGGCAACAGGCUAUCAAGGAGGAGUCAACUUCAGAGGUGACCGGGGUAUCUCGAUCUAUAAAUGUAGAGCCAGCACACAUGUCAAGUCUCGUCCAUCAACCUAGUAAUGUAGAUGCAAUGCAAUCAAGGAUCUUGACUCCAAGAAAUAGUCAUGUAGGCUCCUCACGAGGAGCAGUCGCUGGCGCUAGAACCUCCAGCCCAGAGCCGUUUCGACUAACAGCUAUUACUAACAAGACUAGCAUUACAGAGGCUGUACUACACUUCGUUCUUCAUAUUCCUAUCGAGUAUAUUUCUUAUGAUGCUGGCGCUCCGUCUCGCUCCUACCCUGUUACCUGGUCUGGCACGAAAGGUAGUCUUAAUCCUAGGCAACAAUUCGGUCAUAACUAUAGCCUACAAGUGGUGCUCGCGAAAAAUGGAGUCUUGCACCCCUUUGAUGGCGCUGAUAACAAAUCCUCAAAGUAUCCCGCGUUUGUAGUCAAUGGUUCUUGGAUUCUUGGAGGCUUCUAUCACAGAGAGUCGGGCAACUGCAGAAUCGAGAUUUAUAGGCCGAGAUCGAAGAAGGAGUAUAAGGCGGAAGUCGAGGAACGUUAUGACCGUGUCGAGAUUCAAAGCGCGAGGUUGAGAAUUGUAAUUGCCGAGGAAAGUGACCUUGAUAACUUUGUUCAUUGCUAUAAAAAGUUGCACCCCAAUGCUGAAAUUCGUGCUGAUGAUCGCCUCGGCUCCCUCGAGGAUUUCCAUGACGAGAGCGGUGAUUCCGAUCCGACAUUGAGAGAAGAAAUCGAGAUCAGAGCUCAAAGAUUGGCACUUGCCGCACCUGUUGCAGUCAUGACUUCGGCUUGA